UUUGGUGUAUUCAAUUAUAAAGGAACUGUAAUGUACACACCCCUGGUGUGGUAUACGUAUUAGUGGCCAGGGUUGUAGUGUGUAAAAUGCGUGUGCAUGUCAUGUCUUAAACAGUAUUUUAGUGUGUAAUGUGUGGACAUUGCCACAGGGACAGCAAAUCAUAUUAGAGGUAAUAAUGUAAUGACCGCUUAGCCCACUUGCCCUCCUCCGCCAUUUUAAAAAUUAUACACCCCCGACAUACGUAAGCUGUUAAUUCUCUCUGCUGCACCGGCUCACACAUCACGUCACAGUUUGUUCAGAGUGAGGAGAAGAAGGCGUGGGUCAUUCCAUGGCAUGAGAACCAACCUACACAACAACACAAUGGAAGCCAUGAUGUUCUAAGCAGGGCCAGGGACCUUCCAAAUCCUCCCUCCCUCAGAUCAGGGAUAAAAGGGAAGAAGAUUCUAUUUCAGCACUACAGCAGCUCCAUUGAUCCUAGCAGUCACCACUUCCCUUCCCUCAGUCUGGCCCUCCCUGUAUAUGGCUGCCUGGCCUGCGGAGGAGGAGGCAGCAACCUGAGUAGAGCUGCCUCGAUUCAAGCCGUCCAUCAUACAGGAGGCAGGGACUUACAGGAGGAGAACCUACCCAGCUAGGGCUGAUGGGCUGGGGCUUAAGCGGGUGAUUGAGUCCCCCGAUCUCCAGUCUCUUUACUGUCCACCUGCAGCCUGCACCUCCCCCAUCCUCCCAUCCUCCUCCAGUCAUUAUUCUGGACCAGAGGGGGAGUACAAAUACACAGAGAGGAGAUAAGUGGCUGGGUGGAGCCGGUGGUGAAGAGAAGAGAGCUCUGUACUGUGUGUGCGGAAAAGGAAAAUAAGCUGUCUUUAUCUUCAGGGUCCCUCUCUAUCAGUGGUGUGGUGUUGUUGUUGUUGUUGUCGUUGUUGUUGUUGCUGAUGCUGAUGUGUGGGCCAGAGCGGAUGGAGAUUGAAAAGUCAGGAUUGUGAAUGAUGCUCUGUUGAAAGGAGGAAGUGCUGUAAUUGCCUGUUGAAUCGAUCAGUUCCUGGUCCAUCUGCCUGCCCAGCCCAGCUGAUGUUGCUCUACCUCAGUCUGGCCAUGGAGUCCAACGAGGAUGGGGAGAAUUGGAGGGAGGAGGAGAAUGGAGAGAAGUGGAUGGAGGACCAGUGGGAGAAAUGGCUGACCCAUGACAUCAGCCUGGAGGAGUUUGAGGACGAGGACCUUUCUCAGGUCACAGAGAUCACUGAUGAGGCUGGAGCCAGCCUUAACUACGAUGACCUUGACUCUCAAGACCAUGUGACGUGGCCAGCCAGUAGCGAGGCAGGGAAGGCAGACGGGCGGGGGUUCAGGGAAGUGCAGGCGGAGAUGCUCCACUUGGACCUGAUCGAUGCUGAGGAAGAGAUCCAGGAGGAAGAGGAGCACUGGGGCCUGAUCCAUGGUUCCCUCGACGACCACAGACUCAACCGGGAAGAGAGAGGGGCCGUCAUUCUAACUCCUGUCAGGCAGAAACAGCCCAAUGUGAUAGAAUUAAAAUCUGCUGAACAUCCAAUCGCUAUGGAUACGUACAGGCCCAAGAGACCCACCACACUAGCGUUGUUUCCACAGGUGCAGCCUCAGCCUCCUCAGCCCCCCAGGACACAGGACAAGGAUACAAUUAACAACAACUCAUUUGGAAAGAAGGACACAUGGAAGGAGAAUCUGUCAAACUCAAACUCCUCCUCCCCCCACAUAACAGGCGAUCUGACACCCACUAAUGAGCAGGUCAACGAUGAGUCUAAAGUCCAGCAGCACAACGAUGGCUCUGUGGCCAAACAACCCCAACACAGAGGCACAGUACCAGAGAAGGCAGUCAAGGCAUACAGCAAGGACUACUCCACGUUCAUCUCACAUGGACCUUCAGAAUCACGGGGCAGGCAGCGUGACGCAAAGCAGCGGGAUAAGAAGUCCUCCACUGCUCCACACAAUCAGACUACAGCAGCAAAGCCGAAAGCAGGCAGUAUGAGAGACAAAGCUGUGGAUGGGGAUAGGGAUGGGAGCAGGGGGCGAGGAGGACAGGGGCAAGGGCGGGGAUGCUGCCGUGAGGAGGAGCGCCAGCCAGAAGCCACGGAGGAGAUCUACCUGACACCGGUACACCAGAAGAACACAGACACUGACCGUCCAGACUCUGACCGUCCCUUCCUGUCUCAGAGCAGCGAGGGCAAUCGCAUGUCAAUCAGCUCUGACACGGAGGGACCCCCAGCGUACACAAACACUGCCCUCCCCAACCGAACCAACCCCUCCAUCUGCGAGGAGGACGAGGUCUACCUGCACCCCCCUGCACCUCCUCCACGUUCCUUCUCCAUCUCCUCAUGCUUUAGGCCAUCUGACAGUGAGGGAGGGGAGCGGGAAAGGGGGUUGUGGGACAGGGGCUCUAAGUCUAGCUCUAAGGGUGAGUCGGGGGGGUCGGGGGCCCUGCGGACUGCACGCGCUCAGAGCUCCGAGGCCGAUGGCCUCUCCUAUGACUCUGUUAAGUACACCCUAGUGGUGGACGAGCACGCCAAGUUAGAACUGGUGAGCUUGAAGCAGUGCUACCAGAGCUACAGUGAUGAAAGCGACACAGAGACGGUAUAUGAGUCAGCCAACGAGGAAGAGGACUAUGAGGUGGAUCACAGCGAGCUGAAGAGAGAAAGGAAGUCAUCACGUCUGUCGAGGGCUUCUUCGUCCUCUGAGGCAGGAGUUGGCGGGGGACCUCGAACACGCAAGUUCCGCAAUGUUUUCGUGAACAGACAUUUACACUCCUCUGGUGCGGAGUCCUUUGGCCUGUUUUCCUGUGUAUUAGAUGGAGUAGAGCAAGAGCAGAGCCACAGAGCUGUGUUCAGGUUUGUCCCUCGCCAUGGCGAUGAGCUGGAGCUAGAAGUGGACGACCCUCUGCUUAUGGAGGUUCAGGCUGAUGACCUGUGGUGUAAGGCCUACAACAUGAGAACUGGGGCCAGCGGCAUCUUCCCUGCCUACUAUGCUGCCAAGGUCACCCAGGAACCCAUCAAAGAAAACAAAGAUGACUGGGUAGACCGGUUCCGAGUGAAGUUCCUGGGUUCUGUUAACGUACCCUACCACAAAGGCAACGAUGUGCUUUGUGCUGCUAUGCAAAAGAUUGCUAACAACCGCCGGAUGACCAUGCAGCCUCCCUCUGCAUGUAUUCUGGAAAUCAACAUGAAGGGGGUGAAAAUCAUUGUGCAAGAUGAAUGUAGGACCUCGGAAAGAGGGGAUAAGUGCUUUCACUUUUUUCAGCUUAAGAACAUCUCCUUUUGCGGCUGUCACCCAAAACAUAACAAGUAUUUUGGAUUCAUCACCAAACAUCCUGAUCACCAGAGGUUUGCUUGCCAUGUGUUUAUGUCAGACGACUCCAUGAUGCCUCUGGCUCAGUCUGUUGGGAAAGCCUUCCAACUGUACUACAAGGAAACGGUGGGCUACUCAUGCCCAACAGAGGACAUCUUCAUUGAGUAGCUUUCUUCUCGCUAUAGUACAUUUCUCCAACGUUGUGUCAUGAUGAAACAACUUGCAUGGUGGAUUACUGCAUUGAAUGGUAACGCUUUUAGUAAUAUUGAUCUGUCACACAGGUCUACUUGGUGCGGCUUCCUAUUCACUGUCAUGUUUCCACAGCACAAACAUGUCUACAGAAAUACCCAAACUAAAGCAUUACCAAUCCUAUACAAAAGAGCAUACAUGUAUCUUCCUUAAAAAAGGUAAUUGGACAAAAGUACAGUACUUUUAAAUGUAGUGUGUGAAGCCAAAUGUAAGGACCGGCACUACAGUACAGAAAAUCCCAAAAGUAGUUACAGAUUUCAGAUCUAAUUCAAUAUCACACUCAAUAUCAAAGAUAGAAUAUGUUUCUAUAUAUGUGGCUUUACGAGCAAUUCCAAAUGAGAUGAGAUCACUAUAUCAAGUCACCUGGAAACUUGUCUUUGUACAGAGGAAGACAGAGAGGCAGUGAUUUCAAUCUGUCUGUAUGUUGUCCCUGGACUGUUUUUAAAAUCACACUGUGUUUGAUUUCAGAAUCAGUUAGUAUGUAUGUUGGGUGGGAAAGUGUAUUAAUGGAUUAAUGGUCCCCAUCACAUCAUAACAGGCUUUUAAUGAAGUCCAGUUCAUCAUUCUCACCAAUGAACUCUGACUAGGGCCUGUCAUCUAUCUCCCAAUACCAAAAAGGUGAAUUCACUUUUCUUUUUCUCUUAAUGUGACUCCGUACAGCCAAGGCUUGUGGAUUUGACAACUCUUAACGCAGUUCCACCUCUGACACCUCCAAAACAACUGCUAUGUGGAUGUCGGCCAAAGCGGAUCUGAUUUAAUAGAGCCCAUACGCCUACUGUAACUUGGAAACAAUAUUUUGGGCCCAAAUUGCAAGGUGGGAUUACCGUAUAAGGAAAAUACUUUAAUAAAUAUGAUCUUGGAAUCACUGUGGUCUUUCCACUUUAAAAGUCACCCGGAAGGCAUGUGUUCUAAAAUCAUGUUUUCAAACCACAAGUAGUGCCUAUUUUGUAAUUAUUGUGAUUACUGUAUACAUUAUGUAUUUCCUUUUUAUUUGAGAAGGAUAUCCUGGCACUGUGGGACAGAUGUAAUACCUGUACAAUAUAAAUAUGAUGUUUGUAAAUGAAAUGUCCUACAGUAAGUUUGAUCAAACCGGGUGUGUAUUGCAUGAUAUCAAUGUCAAACAAAACAAUGUAGAGAAAAAAAAACACAGGAUGCCAAUUCUUGUCAUUAAAUGUGAAGGUGUUUACAUCCUCUCUGAACUUUA